UUGAUGUAGCUUCUUUUCUUGUUUCUUCUCUUUUGUGUGUGUGGUUUUAUUUGGGGGGGGGUGAGAAAUGAUAUAAACCUAAUUAUUUUAUAAUUGUGACUGUAAACAAAUGAUUAAUUGGUAAAAUGUUGUGUAAUCGUUCGCAGUUUGAAAAGUGAAUGCAAAAGGGAUAGUAAAAUAUUAUGGCAUAAACUGGACAUCCUCAUUCAAUCAACUCAUAAAUGAUUCAAAUACGUCCAUCUUCAGUAUGUCUGAAGGAACAGAAAUGUGCAGAAGAAUAUGGGCCAUGAAAGCGAAGAAGUUUACGGGAGUAGAUUCGUCCAGGCAGGUCACAGUGCGUCCUCCAGGCCAUCAGGUGUUGCAGAGAGUUCAGAUUUUUCUUCCUGUAGCUUUGCACCAAAAUCCACCGUGUUCUCCACUUCUUGGUCCACGGUCCAUCCGCAGCCGUCUGCGGCAAUGACAGGGAUCUACCAUCCCUACAUGCACCAGCCCCACUUAGGGGCAGCCGAGACUGGCAGAUACGUGCGCUCCUGGAUAGAGCCCUUCCCCGGCUUCCCCAGCAGCAGCUCCAGCUCCUCCAACGGGCGCCACUACGGGAUAAAGCCUGAAACGGGAGCAGCUGCCUCCUCUUCCUCCUCCUCCUCCUCCUCCUCCACCUCCAAAAGGACUGAGUGCUCCUCGUCCCGAGAGUCUCAAGGGAUCAGUGUGCCCGAGUACACGUGCAAUUCCUUCCUGCAGGAGACCCGGGAGAAGACGGCUACUUGCAGCCCUAAGGAGCCUCCAGGCUGCAGCCACAACCCCAGCCCGAGCAGCGAUCUGAAGGAAGAGAAGCAACAGCAACUUGACCCAAAUAAUCCGGCAGCAAACUGGAUCCACGCUCGUUCAACGAGGAAAAAGCGUUGUCCCUAUACAAAGUACCAAACUCUGGAACUGGAAAAAGAAUUCCUCUUUAACAUGUACCUGACUCGGGACCGCCGUUACGAAGUAGCUAGGAUUUUAAAUCUCACAGAGAGACAGGUCAAAAUAUGGUUUCAGAACAGAAGAAUGAAAAUGAAAAAGAUGAACAAGGAGAAAGGAAAUAAAGGAGACUAACCCCCGGGGGUAGACACGCAUUCUUCUUCUUCUUAUUAUUAUUAUUAUCGUUCCCCCUCCAGCACCAGAUGCGUUUUUGCAGAACUUUAUAUCAAUCUGAUCUUUGAGGUAGAAGGGGAAAUGUGAUCUAUGUCAGGUUUUUUUUUUGGGAGGGGGGAAUUCUGUCUUGCUCGCCAAUGUGUUUAUGAAAGUUGCUUCAUUUCCCUCUCUCCCUUUCCCCAAACUGUUUGGUUCAUGAUAUUGUGAGUGAACGUUAGCUUUGGGACCUUAGUGUUAAAUGUUUUACGUGUUUCUUAAUGUUAUGUAGUGUAGAUAGUCACUUUGCCAAAAUAAAGGUAAAGGACAUAAGUAUAAUUAUGAUAAUAAAUAUAUAUAUUGAAGUACACUUGUUUAAAUCAAUAGCAGUAUUGUGUUGUUCAUGACAUUAAAAUAAUCUAUUACCAAAACCUCUGUUUUCAGUCCUGAAUUUUGUCCUUUGCAUUAGGUGCCAGAGUGAGGCAAUGAGAACAUUCUUCUUCUUCUUCUUCUUCUUCUUCUUCUUCUUCUUCUUCUUCUUCUUCAGUGCACUAUUAGGCGAUUGUGUCAUACCUGAAGCAGUUUUCAAUAGGCCUAACAUUUACUGAUGCCUUGGAUAGCUGGAGUUCUGAAUAUUAGUAAAUGUUGUAUCAGCCAUCACAUGUUUCUAACUAAAGACCUGUUGUAAUUAUUGUCAGUUAUUCCAUAAUAAACUCCUACUA